UGUUUUGUUGAGUCGUUUCCGCAUUCGAGGAGCGAUUUUCGCAGUGUCAUGUGAACAAAAAACUCCGGGGUUAAUUUAAACAACCCCCGAAUCUUUGUCGGUAUCGAGGAGGCUCCCCUUCGCUGUUAAGGUAACUACAGCGGCCGCUGAAAAGAAGACUCCGGUUCCAGGGCGGUCAGCCAUGGCGGACGAGGAGCGGUCACCGCUUCUGUCAGAGCAGCAAUAUGGGACCAACGGCUUCUUCCCGCGGGGAGGCUCGGAUGGAUAUCCACAGAGUAUAGUGCCGUUCCCAAGCUUUGUGGCACCCAAUGAAGCACCACCUCCGUACUCGCCUCAGGGUAGCCCGGACAGCAGCAGCGCCCCGGUCAUCAGCUGUCGGGUGUGUCAGAGCGCCAUCUCUGUGGAGGGGAAGGCGCAUCAGCAUGUGGUGAAAUGCAACAUCUGCAACGAAGCUACACCGAUAAAGAACGCUCCUGUCGGGAAGAAGUAUGUCCGCUGUCCUUGUAACUGUCUGCUGAUCUGCAAAGUGACAUCCCAGAGGAUCGCCUGUCCCAGGCCCUACUGUAAACGCAUCAUCAACCUGGGACCGGUCCACAUCGGCAGCGACAGUCCAGAACCGCAGCGCCAACCUGUGGGGCUCAGGGUCAUCUGUGGACACUGCUCCAACACAUUCCUGUGGACAGAGAUCUCAGACCGGACUUUAGCCCGAUGUCCGCACUGUCGAAAAGUUUCUUCAGUUGGUCGGCGAUACCCGAGGAGGAGAAGCUUGCUGUGUUUCCUGUUCUUUGUUGUGUUGGUAGCAGCCACUGCAGGACUUUUGGUUGGAACAUGGAAACCGGCUCAGAACUCAAAAGGCAUCUAUGUUUCCUGGGUUCUCCUGAUCCUGCUCUCCCUGUUCGCCCUGAUAAGAACCUUGUACUGGAGAUGUCUGAGGAUCAGUGACCCCGUGUCCAACAUCUCAUAGACAAACAGAUGGAAGGGGAAAAAAGAGAAAGUCAGAGAUCAAGUAGAUGAAUAUGAGCACACAAGAAAUCUGGUAAACGAUCUGAGAGUUGGUCUGUUAACCUCAGAAGUUACGCAGAAGGGAAAACUAAUAGAAGGAAAUAGAUAUUUUUCUUGUUCUAUACUGGAUUUAAAGAAAUGACAGCUGCUAGUUGUCCAAAAGCAACACUCAGAUCUUAUGGAGUUUUUUUUCUUUUCCAUCCUAUAGUUUAAAAAAAACAAAGUAGAGAAGCAAAAUGAAUCUGAACCACAAAGCAGGAUCAGCAUCUUGUUAUGCUAACCUCAGGUGGCUCAGAGCUUUUUACCAUCACAGAUUUAAGCCAUAAAACUAUCAACAAAGUUAAAUCCUUGAUCACUGCUUAAACACCAAGUUUGGACCAAAGCAGUUCCAACUAUGACUGGAGCUGAGACCAAUUCUGGGUUUAUUUCCUGAAGACACAGCAAAGUACCUGUGUGUUUAUUUUUUUCCUCAGCUAAAGCCAUGUCAGACUGAUGUCAUCAUAUCCCUGGAAGAAACAUUUGAUUCUGUCUUUGUUGCAGUUUGCUUUUCUAUUAAGGGCUUUAUAAUUUAAUCUCAGUGUCUUAAACUCACAAACUUUAUAAAGACAGUUUUAAACAACAGUUGUAUUUAUAAAUGUUCCUGGCAGUUGAAACAAACAUCUUCAGCAUCCUGUUAGUAUUUCUUUUAAAAAAAGCAAAACAAACUAUCGUUAGAAAUACAGCUUCAAGCUGAAUCUAUAAACAGCUGACAGUGUUUAUAAUGUCAGCAUUUAUAAAUACGAGCCGACAGAGUUUAAUCAUGGUGCUCAGAACCUAUUGGAGACCGUCUCCAGCUCCUGAUCUGUUCUAUAGACCCGCUCAGGGCGGGUUUGGAAAUUGAACUAUUCUUUGCAUAAAUCUGUGUUUAUAUGGCAUUAACUUCUAAAUGGAGAUAACAACAAUUUAGCAUUUGAAGGGUUUUGAUUUGUCUAUAAAAAAAAAAGCAUAAAGAUUUUCUUUUCUAUUUUUUUUUUAGCAUUAAGUAAAACUAGAUUCUUAAUCUUCUAAAAUGCUUUUAAAAUGACUAAGAAACGCAUUGCAUAAACUUGCACUUUUAUGUAGUGUUUUGCACUUCUAAUGAGAUCAAACACCUUUUUUCCUGCGUUCUUGAUGAGGUUCAGUAAAUUAAUCUAUAAGAACCGCUAAUCAUGAAAGAUGAGAUACAGGCGAGCUUAGGGGAGGAAAUUACUCAGAAGUCGAUCAGCUUCACAUUUCAUUCUCCGGUUUUCCUUCUUCCACAGAAUCCUUUGUUUUCCUAAAAAAAAGAUUUCCAGAUCAGGGUUAUAUUUUUAAUGAAUAUGAGGCCUCCGAUCCACAACUCAUUUAUUAAUGCGGACAGCUGGUGGUUAAACCUUCUCAAAUCUGAGUAGUUCAUGUUAAUGUAGCCAUUUACUGCAGAUCUAUUGAGCCUGCUUUGUGGUUACAAAGUGCUACAGGUAGUAAGAUUCCAUUCUGCUCCAUUUUUGGACUGUUUCUACAAGCCAGGAGUCUGUUUAAAUGUCAGCAGUAUUUCCCCCUGCAAGACUGCUGGGACUUCGAAGGAAAAAUGAACUGAAAACAGGAACUAAGUGAAGUUUUGCUGAGCUCCAUUGUUUAGAACAGACAGACUGGGACUGAUGGCGCGUCAUGCAGUCCACUCGUUAUCCUCAUCCAUUUUAAAAUCCAUCAUGUUUAAAGCAACAUUUUAAUCCUAACUUCAAUAUCUGGGAGAUCAAAUUUGGAUUAUUACUCCACUCCUAAAAUAAUUAUUUUGAUCUUUUUAUGCUGUACCUCUAUAAAACUCUGCAUCAGAGUCUAAUUGCAAUAAAAAGAGCUAACAAACAAACAGUUAAGUGAAAUGGCUCUAAAAAUGAAAUAUAAAUGGAUCAAUCUUACAGGUUGUUAAAGCAUUUAUUUUCUAGCACUAUUAUUGGCUUUGAAUGGACUUAAGCUGUCUAUGUUUCUCUUCAUUUCAGAUCUAGAGCUAGUUUUAAAACAGAAUUAAUGAAAUGGCGUCAUCAAUUGUUUAUCCAGAAUCUAAGAAGCGUCAGACUCUAAGUCAAACUUAAAGAAGUGAAGGUUUAAUGAGUUUCAGAUGACUUGAAUCCACCAGCUUCACCUGCAGGUGUAGCUUCUACAAUAACAAGAUGAUGUCUGAAAUAAAAACCAUAAGAGCAUCUUUUUUUCCUCAUGAAGCCUAAAUGAACAUUUUAAGCAUGAAGCAUUCAACUUUAGAGGCAUUGUUUUUAAUCGUGUAACCAUGGAAACAGGUUUAUUCUCUGGGUUAAGAGUAAUAAAACGUCUUGUUCAUGUUUUGUUUCCAACUGAAGGCCUUGCUUAGUUUAGAGUGUGCCUAUGAGAUAUAAAUAUAUAUAUAUUACUUCAAUCACAGUUUAUUUAAUGUGUAAAUAAGAUGGAUAGUUUAUGGGUGAAUGAUUUUUGCGAGGCUUUAAACUUGAUCAUCUCUUUGUGUCGAUUAGCAUGUCAGCGACGGAAUCAUACAGGGACUUUCGAACAUAUCUGAUUUACUUGUCCUUUUUUUCCUCUUUAUUGUGCAUUUGUUUAUUUGUAAAAUAACAAACCUAAUUUUUGUUUUAACUUCCCAACUAUAAGUUUUUGAAUUUUGCUUAAAUCGCUUUAGUUAUAAACAUC